AAGCAGCUCUCUGUUAACACCGACCAAACGAACACGCAAUAUCACCACCGUCAACUCCGGCAAUGUUGCUGGAGAGUCCGGAAGCUCCGCCACCUGACCCGUAAACUCGACCCGAAAUCACUGAAAAAACCCGGCCCAUCAACCACAGCACAGCACAAUGCCUCCCGCGCAAAACCUCAAGCACCGGGUCUUCACGUGCCUGACGAAGCUCUCCGACCGCGACACUCACUCUCUCGCAGCUUCGGAGCUCGAGUCCAUCGCCCGGACCCUCGAACUGAGCUCCGUACCCGUUUUCCUUACCUGCAUCCAAUCCACCGACGCCUCCGACAAGUCUCCGGUUCGCAAGCAAUGCGUACACCUCAUCACCGUCCUCUCCGAAUCCCAUGGUGAUUCUCUGUCGCCGCAUCUCUCCAAAAUGCUCAGCAACAUCACGAAGCGGCUCCGCGACCCGGACUCCGCCGUCCGAUCCGCCUGCCAAAACGCCGUCGCUUCGCUCUCCUGCCACGUCACCAAGCCUCCGUUCAGCUCGUUUUUGAAGCCCUUAACUGACGCGCUGUUCACGGAGCAGGACCCGAACUCGCAGAUCGGGUCGGCACUCUGCCUGGCCUCAGGCAUUGACGCCGCGCCCGACCCGGAGCCGGCGAAGCUGGCGAGGCUGUUGCCGAGGCUUGAGAGGCUGAUAAAGUGCGACGGGUUUAAGGCGAAACCGGCGGUGCUGACGCUAAUCGGAUCGGUGAUCGGGUCGGGCGGGGCGUCGGGUCAGGGAGCUUUGAAGAGUUUGGUUCCUUGCCUUGUGGGGUUCUUGAGCAGCGAGGACUGGGCAGCGAGGAAGGCCGCGGCGGAAGCGCUGGCCAAGUUGGCGGUUGUGGAGAGAGACACGCUGUCUGAGUUCAAAGCUGGGUCUUUGAGAACGUUCGAGAAUCGGAAAUUCGAUAAGGUGAAAGGUGUUAGGGAGGUUAUGAAUCAGAUGGUGGAGGUCUGGAAGCAGAUUCCUGAUCUCUCUGAUGAGGCUUCGCCGCCGCCUCCUUCGAAUGCUUCUUCCAAAGAAAAUGCAAGUGAUGGAUACCACCCGGCUGUGUCCAGAAACUGCGAUGCUCCUGGUUCUGAAGCUCCUAAAUUGAAGAAGAUACCUAUCCCAGCUCGCAGAUCAACUCCACCUGAUAGUUCUUAUGCUACCACUGCUAGGAAGAGAAGCCCUUUGAAGAGCAAUGACAAGAAAAAGAAUCCAGGAAUGUUUCGAAAGACAGACCAUAAGAAGCCUUCAGAUUGGGACGUUGAGGUUGCUGCUCUUAGUGCUCCUUCAUCGGCUGGGGCUUUUGAUGAUGGUUUUAAGGAGAGGGAUGAGGAAAGAAGGAUCAAUGGCAACACUAGAUUUUCGAAGCCAGAAACAAAACGGGCCUUAUUCCAUAAGAGUUCUGAUAGCAAAGUGCAUAAAUUUGGGGGUUCAAGGUCAGGAUCUCGUGUGGCUCCCUGUCAAGAGGAUACCCCAGAUUCUACAGUUAUAGUCAGUAAUGUUACUGAGGAUAUCCAUAAGAAUCACAGAGAAUGUGAGGAUUUAUCCCUGAUCCGCAGUCAACUUGUUCAGAUUGAAAAGCAGCAAUCCAGUUUACUUGAUCUCGUGCAGAGAUUCAUGGGUAGUUCGCAAAAUGGAAUGCGCUCUUUGGAGACACGUGUGCAUGGGCUAGAGCUAGCACUGGAUGAGAUCUCAUAUGAUUUGGCUUUGUCAAGUGGAAGGAUGACCAAAAUUGACUCACGGAGCAGAACGUGUUGCCUUCUACCUGGUCGUGAUUUUUGGAGCUCCAAGUUCUGGAGGAAAACAGAAAGCAGGUACUCAUCCUCAAGGUUUCCUAAUUCCAGGGGCAUUGCACCAGCAGCAGCCAUGCGCUACAGAUCUGAUGACAAUGGCAAUGCUGAAACAUUGAUGUUGGAGAACCUUAGGUUUCGGCUCCAAGAUCAGAGUGGGUUCAUUGUAAAUCCGUUGGCAGAGAUUCAGAGUGGCUCGAGGGGUAUAUCAGUCAGUUGAAUCAGCAGUUGCUGUUUAGCAUUCUCUGUGGCAUAAUUUCAGCUGGAAAUUUUGAGUUUGUUCUGAGCCGUGCUAUCAACACAACAUAUAUGAAAUGAUCAAGGCAAUGUGUGAGCCUUCAGAAAAAUGUGCAAAGGUCAUUUUGGGUAUUACCGAAAGAAGUCUAUUACAAGAUUAAUAGAAGAUAUGAAAUUAUGUAUCCUCUUAAUUCAAGUGCAUCCUACGUUGUUAUUUUAAGUAAGAUUUCAAAGAAGUGAGAUUUAUCACCAAAUGCCACACUUUAUUGGUACAGAGGAGGUUAUAUUGUGUAUAGAGGAGUAGGGCUUUCAUUCCUUUUAGUUGGGGCCUCAUUUUGUAUCUUUGUUCUUGCUUCUCACGUAUUAUUACUUGCUCUGAAAGAGCCAUUAAUAUUUGAUGAUGAUGAUGAUGAAUUCUACCC